AAGAUCUCAAAGCUCUUCUCGCUCGCAGACGUCUUUCAAAAUGGAGGCAAAUUCAACGUGUCACAAGCUUCUUUCAUUUACAAUUUUAUCGUUUUUUACUAUCUCUUUGGUAUAUGGGAAAACUCUUGUAUUACUAGAUAAUCCUAGCAUUAAGGAAACACAUUCAAUAUUUUUUAAUAACUUAAAAGGUCAAGGUUUCGACUUAGUUUACAAAACUGCUGAUGAUGCAAGUUUAUCCUUGACAAAAUAUGGCGAGUACCUGUAUAAAAAUGUGAUCAUAUUUUCACCAACAGUUGAAGAAUUUGGUGGGUCAAUUGAUGUAGCUGCCAUAACUGAUUUUAUUGACAAUGGUGGUAAUGUUUUGGUUGCUGGCAGUUCUGCUGUUGGUACACCAAUUCGUGAGUUAGGUAGUGAUUGUGGAAUUGAAUUUGAUGAAGAGAAAACAUCUGUGCUGGAUCAUCAUAAUUUUGAUGUAUCAGAUGACGGCACACACACCACUGUAUUAUCGGAAGGCAAGAAUUUAAUUAAAUCAAAAGUCAUGUUUCCUUCAACAGUCGAAGCACCCAUCUUGUUUAAAGGAGUUGGAAUGACCGCUGACUCUGAUAACCCACUUGUGUUAGAAAUAUUAACAGCUUCUUCAACUGCUUAUUCGUAUUAUCCUGAUGAGAAAAUCACUGAGUAUCCACUGGCUGUUGGUAAAAACACACUUCUCAUUGGUGGCCAGCAAGCUCGAAACAAUGCGCGAGUGGUAUUUUGUGGCUCUUUGGAUUUCUUUAGUGAUCAAUUUUUUAUGUCAGGAGCACAAAAUGCUGCUCAGACUGCAUCGAAAUUCUUUCCUCAGUCUGGAAACAUGAAAGUUGCUAUUGAUGUUGCCAAGUGGACCUUCCAGCAAAGCGGUCUCAUUCGAGCAGUUUCAGUAUCUCAUCAUUUGGCCGGCGAAAAAAUUCCUCCUAUGGCUUACACCAUCGAACAGAACGUUGUUUACAACAUCAAGAUCGAAGAAUUUGCAAAUGGUAAAUGGGUGCCAUUCCAGGCUAGUGAUGUGCAAAUGGAAUUCUUCCGUAUCGAUCCUUUUGUGCGUACUUACUUGAAGCCGUCGGCCACUGGAGUAUUUAGCGUUCAAUUUAAAUUGCCGGAUGUUUAUGGUGUGUUCAAAUUUAAAGUUGAUUACGAUCGAAUUGGAUAUACUCAUUUGUUUAGUUCAACACAGGUUUCGGUCCGACCCAAGCAACACACGCAAUAUGAACGUUUCAUUGUAUCAGCCUAUCCGUACUACGCAUCAGCCUUCAGCAUGAUGAUUGGUAUUUGCAUCUUUAGUGUUGUCUUCUUACACCAUAAGGAUGACAAGAAAAUCAAGGACGAAUAAUUUUUUUGUCGAUGUAAUUUUUUAGCCACGCCUACAUUUUUUCUACAACAUUUGUGGAGUCAGUUUAUGCAGUUUUUUAAUAAGGAAAAUUCAAAGUUUAACUACGUGUCGCUAAGUCUUAACAAUGUCGUAACAUCGCAUUGUCUGCGUUUCGCAUUUUUUCAUUUGCCAUUAACAUAUUACAAAUUUAAGAUUUUGAGAUUUGUUUAAUGUUAGGGAAGUAUUUCUACAAGAAUACGAAAGGUAAAUAUUGAAGCUGGAAAAAUGUGUAAAUGUCAUUGA